UCUCUGCUCACUGUGGGGGCCCUGCUUGUCCUGACCUGCCAAUCACCGACCACCGCCAUCAACUGCCGACACCGAGCACCGGGACCCGAGGAGAUCAUCUACCAAGUCCAGCAGAAGAGCCGCCACCUGUGGAAGAGACACGCCGACCAGCAACUUAGAGUAAUGAUCCAUUAUGACACCAGUAUAGACCAUCUGGAGGUGAUGAAGAAGAGACUGGUGAAGAACAAGCUCUUCCCACAAGCCAUUUCCUAUCUACAGAAGACAUUCCAAGUGCGAAGACCCAGCAGCUCCAUCCUACUGAGCCGGCAAUGUGCAAACAAUCAAUACCUGAAGAAGAAGUCGGAUCCUCACAGAUACUGUCAUGGCGCCUGCGCUCAGCACACAAGGUGCGGCCCGGUCAUCGUCCCGGAGGAACAUCUUCAGGUGAUUGAGUCUCUUCUCUUUCCCCACAACCCCCAUGCCAGGGUUGUGGGGGAAGAGGCUCUUGUCCUCAUUAACAUGAGGAUAUGGACAUCAACAUAAAUACAACGUUUUUUGCCAGGAGGCAAAAAAUGCCUUGUUGAUGUCAGAGGUCAGAGGAGAAUAGGCAGGCUUUAUAUGAUAGAAAGACAACAGUAAUUCAAAUAACCACUUGUUACAACCAAGGUAUGCAGAAUACCAUCUCUGAAUGCACAACACAUCGAACCUUGAAGCAGAUGGGCUACAGAAGCAGAAGACUACACUGGAUGCCACUCCUGUCAGCUAAGAACAGAACAAUGAGACUACAAUUUGCACAAGUUCAACAAAAUUGGACAAUAGAAGAUUAUAAAAAUGUUGCCUGGUCUGAGUUUUGAUUUCAUCUGUGACAUUCAAAUGGUAGGGUAGGAAUUUGGCAUAAACAACCUGAAAG